GUUUCGUUUAUAUGUUAGAAUUCAAAUAAGAUAAGACAAAUACGAUUGAUAAUGUGGAAGACUUGGUUUAUUUUAACUUUCAUUACAGUCCAGACGUCAACCCAACAGUUAGGAACAGGAUGUCCUUCCGGUUUUGUUAAGUACAAUGGUAACCAGAAAUGUUAUGGUUUUGUUGCGUCGCAAACAACAUGGGCGUCAGCUUUGGAAUAUUGUAGUAUAGUUGGCGGAACUUUGCCUCAAAUAACUGACGCCAACAUACAAGCUUUCCUUGAAGCUCAGAUAUCUAGUCGUUAUAAAGAAAGUAACUAUGUUAUAUCUACUGAGAACAAUUAUCACUACCACUAUAUUAUGGAUAACGGAAUUGAUGUCAGAGGUCAAACUUCGAUAACCUUCGAAGUUAUGGCUUGUAAUGAUGCCCAUAUCGCACUAUCUAAAGACAAAGGAGUGGAUACACGUGACACGUAUGAAAUCGUCAUUGGUGGUUGGGGAGACCAUCAAUCUGUAAUUAGAGACUGUAAGCAAUGUGCACACAUGGACACAAAUGUGCAACAACAGCAUCCUAUAGACUGUCAGAACUAUUCAUCAUUUUGGGUCAGCUGGACCAAUAAUGUCAUUAAAGUUGGGAAAGGAAAUGACGUCGGCAAGCAGGCGUUCCUCACUUGGAACGACACAGCUCCACAUGAUGUCAACUAUGUCGCCUUUUCCACUGGUUUUGGAGCUACAGGAAAAUGGAAAGUGAAGAGAGGAAACUAUUAUCCUGGGUUAUUUUGGAUAGGAGCAUCCGAUCUUGCCAGUGAGGGAAACUGGUUGUGGUUACCAAGCAAGCAAAAGUUUUCUUAUUCGAACUGGGCACCUACAGAACCAGACAAUAUUAAUUACUAUGAACACUGUGCUCUUAUUGACCUACAUAGGGGAUACAAAUGGAGUGAUGACAACUGUGAAGAACGUCGAAACUUUAUCUGUGAAACAAUACCAAAUGACGAAGGAAAUGAAGUUAUUGGCAAAUAAAUUUUUGCCAGAAA